AUGGCCAAUGCCAAUUGUAAGAAACCUGGCAGCAAAUUCGCUUCUGCUGGCAACCCCGGAAAAUGCAGCAGGGAGUCGGGAAUUCUCAUGAAUAGCGAACUUGAUGAUAUCCGCGCACACAAGAAGAUUCAACCCACCUUGGAUAAGGAGGCCGCCGUACAAGUCCUGACAUGGGGUAAUCAAUGGGUCACGUACGAUGAUGAGAAGAAAUUGAAGUCAAGGUUGGAAUUUGCACGCACCACCUGUUUGGGCGGGGUCAUGGUCUGGGCUGUGAGCCACUACACAUAUGACGGGAAGUACUCCAAUUCAUUAGCAGGUAUUACACCGCAUCCGCUUGUCAUGCCCGGAAAGGCAGAUGACACUCACGUAACGACACCCGAGCAUAGUCCGCAAUGCAGGUGGACCAACUGUGGUCAAACAUGCCCAGAUGGCUUGGCUUCCGUCUGGCGGUCAGACCCGGGAUUUCGGAAGGGCGAGCUGAUGUUGGAUUCAACCGGCUGUGAUGUCGGAGUUCACACGUUAUGUUGCCCGCGAGAAUAUGCGCCCCAAUGUGGAUGGUAUGGCCACAACAACGGCAAGUGCUCUAAUGGAUGCCCUAGCGGUAUAUUCGAAAUUGGCUCCCAGUCCUAUGACUGCAACAUUAAGGACUACCAGACAGCGUGCUGCACAGAAAACCGUGAUAGUGUUCGACUGUACUGGCAAAUUCUUGGAUGGUCAGCGUACCCCAAGUGUGAAGAUGGGGGCUGUCCAUGGGGUGAUGAAAGAAUGACCGAAACUCUAGUAAAAUCUGAUCAUGGCAAAUCACGGAGACGUGGCUUAUGCCCUGGCAAAGGUGAGCCCGAAAUUUUCACGAACACGUCUCAAUACAGAAGAAGUACUCAUCAAUACAGAUUCGAUCAUUUGCGGUUUUCGUCAAUGCAAGCCCCCAACGAUGAGAUGCAUUUUUAUGUCUUCAAUCGGGCACUGCCCGGCUAUUUCCGUUGCCCGAUGUUCAAACCCGCUGAAAUUCCACCUUAUUGA